AUGAGUCACGACGGUUGCCAGCCGCGCACCCAGUGCAUGCCAGUAGGCCUCGUUGACCCCGGGGUGAUGGAGCCAUGGCGAAAUCGAUCCAACGAAGGGUUCUGCCCACUAAAUACUGGACUUGAUGAAAAAGUCGCCUUCUCAUUGGCGCCGGACGGUUGUGUGUGCAAAUAUGUGUGCAGAUUUGUGUGCGGGGGCGGAAUGAGACAGAUCCAAUUGCAGGCUAAGCUCGGAUUGACGAGGUUGUGGUUGGUCAACAAAGAUCAAGGUAACGCCUGGGCGCGUAGACUAAAGUGUGCAUAA